AUGUGUAAAAGUGUGACUGAUCUUGAAAACGAAGACGAUAUGCAGCCAAAACGGAGCUGCACAUCAACUCUGCAGCAGUGGCAUCGCAAGGGAAGAGGAGACUGUAUAAAUCCACAACCAGUGAUGGAAGUGUUGGUGACCAAAACAAGCUUAGAGUUAGACAAACAAUCAUCAUCCAGAUACUCUGGUGUGAAAUGUCUUUUGUAUGAGGCCCGAAAUAGCCUUAAGGGUCAGCAGGCAUCUGAAACAAAAUUAUUGGAACGGUUAAGAGAGCUUAACCCUAAAAUGGCUUUAUCACAAAUUAUGACUGCAAGAACUGAGUCAACUACACUCGUCCCGACAAAAUUUGGAAAAAGUCCUCAAGGAUCCUUUGCCAGUUACCAACUAUCCGUUACUGAAGAUAACUUUAAAGUGUUUUGUGACAUUUCAUCUGUCAACAGGUCAGAUUCAGACAAUCACGUUCAUGAUUCUCAGUUAACUGCUUUUCCCAGAUUUCCCCUCAGGGCUUCACAUGAACAGUUUCAAAUACCGACUGAGAUUUCUGGAGAUGAGAAAUGCUUACUAGAAAAAAUACAAGUAGAUGUUGAUGAGCUAAAUGAAAUUGAAAGGAAAACACGGGAACAGUCAACUUGCCAAGAAUGGAAGGAUGAAAGAAAAUUUAGGUUCACUGCCUCAAAUUUUGGCCUUAUCAGGGAAAGGAAACGAAACCAUGAGACCCUAGUAAAAAAUCUACUUAACCCCAAACCUUUUUCUUCGAGGUAUACAAAUCAUGGACUCAAAUAUGAGCCAGUCGCCCUUGAACAGUACCAGAAGUACAUGAUGUCAAUUCGAAGGCCUGUUAAGAUACUUAAGUCAGGACUUGUUAUCAGCCUAGAUUCCCCCUACUUGGGUGCUUCACCUGAUGCUAAGGUAAUUGAUCCAGGAUGCAAUGAUCCAUUUGGGCUUUCUGAAGUCAAGUGCCCAGAGACAAAAUAUCUGGUUACUCCCUUGGAUGCCUGUUCUGAUAGUAAUUUUUUCAUGGAAGAAGUUGAUGGAAAGCCAAAGCUUAAGAGGACACACAAAUACUACUCUCAAGUCCAGGGACUGAUGGGAGUAACUGGUGCCAAGUGGUGCGAUUUUGUUGUAUAUACCAGCAAGGGAAUGAGUAUUGAGCGCAUUCCAUUUGAUCCUCAGUUUUGGAAUGAGUUAAAAGGAACACUAAAAAUGUAUUAUUUCAAACACUUUUUAGCUUUAGCAGCAAGGGAACCUUAA